AUGGGUUCCCACUGUGCCAAGCUCGGCACGGGCCACGGCCGGGGCCACGAAUCCUCCAUGAAGAAGCUCGUGGCCUGCAUGAGUCAGGAUAACGUCUCAUUGUCGUCGGAGGGUGAGGAGGAGGGAGAGGCAGAGGGAGAGGUGGAGGAGCUCCCGGUGCAGGGCAAGCUGCUGCUGCUGGAGCCUGAGUGGCAGGAGGAAGGUGCCAAAGACGACUCUGUGGUCCAGAAGAACCCCAAGCCCAAGCAGACGCAGUCCUGA